UAAAGUUUGACUCCACGUUGGAAGUAGAGUGAGAGAGAGAGAAAACAGGGCCGGGACGGUCCACGAUCAGUUUUUAAGCUAUUUGUCAAGUAGCUUAGCCGAAAAAUUGGAAAUUCUAUGAUUUUUUUGUCCGCCGCUUGGCAGACUGACAGUUUACAAUCGGGGCUAUGCGUUCCGUGAGUGGAAGAACUUGUCGAUAGACAUUUAAGCCUAACAUCGAAAUAUCUGUGGAUAUAAAAGAACGACCAAACGAUCAAAUAACAAACCAGCCAACGACCGAUCUCUUUUUCAUAUAGCUAUAGGCUACUAUUGGGAAAAACCGGACAGACGCCUGUGAUCCGCCCUCAAGCUUUCGAAAUUGUGGGAAGUUCACGCGAGUCAAUAUGGAAGCCACAUUCUAUGAUGAGUCUCUCAACGCAUCCAUGCCUCCCCAACAAAAAAAUGUUGGAUGUGGAUAUAAUGCGAAGGCGCUGAAGCUAAAUAUGACCCUAGAUCUGAAUGAUCCAAUGAAACACCUAAAGCCGCACCUUCGCGCCAAGGCAAUGGACAUACUGACAUCACCCGACGUUGGGUUGCUUAAACUGACGUCGCCUGAAUUGGAGCGUCUGAUUGUACAGUCUUGUAACAGUUUGACAACGCCGACUCCUUCUCAAUUCAUCUCUUCCAAGAAUGCCACCGACGAGCAGGAGGGCUUUGCUGAAGGCUUUGUCAAGGCUCUUGAGGAGCUCCACCAUCAACAACACAUGCCCGUUAUGGACUCAGCGGAUCAAGGGAUGCCAACAUCCACCGAUAUGGCAUCUGUGAACUCCGAUCAGGGAAACGUAUCGCUGAACAGUUCUGUCCGUAUGGAUCCACCAGAAUACUCGAGCCUGAGUUCACUCGGCCGCGCACCUGCGUACACCGACUCCAGCUCCAUUGUGAGUUACGCGACUAUGUCCGCGCAAAACGCACCAGGCCCUCGAGUGCCAUGCCACCACCCGCUACAGCAGGCGUACAAAGAGGAGCCACAGCGAGUUCCUGAUAUGAACAGCGACACCCCUCCCUUGUCUCCAAUUGACAUGGAGAACCAAGAGAGGAUUAAAGCAGAGAGAAAGCGCAUGCGAAACCGGGUCGCUGCGUCAAAGUGCCGGAAAAGAAAGCUCGAGCGACUCUCGAGACUGGAGGAAAAAGUCAAAUUCCUAAAAACUCAGAACACAGAGUUGUGCUCAACAGCUAACAUACUGCGAGACGAGGUUGCGCAGCUCAAACUAAGGGUCAUGGAUCACGUAAACAGCGGCUGCCAUCUCAUGUUGACGCAGCGGAUAAAGGCUUUUUGAGUGGGAUUGUGAACAUUUUAAUGGACUUAGUUUUUGGAGAUAGCCAAGGAUUUAACGUAGCACUUAAAAGACUUUAAAAUCUUCAGCACAUAGAUUGGGUUUCCUCAAUUUCCUUAUAGCCUAGUCAUAAACUGCAAUGAAUUCUUAAAGUAUGCUUUUGGACGUUUGACCUUGUCACCAGCAAACUUCUGCAGUAGGCCCUCUGAUUUUCCAAAAUUAGAGGUGGAAAGAUUACUAACCACAUGAAAAGCCAAUUAGUUAUUGAUUGUACACAUUUCAUGUUGGGUCCGUUGCUGAAACUGAAUCUUACUAUGCUGAACUUUUGUUUACAAUUUUGUUAAUAAAAGAAUAAUUUCACACUGAA